GAAUUGAACGAGCAGUAAGGCAUGAUUUUUUUUAUUUACUAAUCGCAAUUCACGCUGCGCGCAUCGAAAUUCACGUACUGAAAUUGCGAAACUCGCUUUAAAUUUUCGUGUUUACGGUUCGUACAUGGUUUUUGUUCUUGUUUUUGCGCAGUGCGUGUGUAAAUGUGUGUUGGUGUGCGGCAAAAGCGAAAUUGCGAGCAUAAAUAAAUGCCAAUGUCGAUUGUUUUCUAAUUAAUUUAGCCGAACGGAUUGGAAAAUCGCAAGCGGUGGCCGUUUAAAAAAAGCCUAACUCAAUCAACAGGUGCCCAAUCCAAUCGGAUUUAGCUAAUCCGCGGAUCUGAAGAGGAGGAGCAGGCGUCGGUCGUUGGAGGCGCCGGCAUAGAGUACUUUUCCGAGACGCGAGCGCCCAGCGGAGCAGUCGCCACCACGACGUCGACUUCGCCGCCGCCGCCGCGAGCCGCGCUGCUGUCACCAGCCGAGCAUUUGGACGCCAGCGCCGACGAUCGCGGGCGUGUCUACAAGCUCCGGAAGAAGAAAUACCUGGACGCAGCACACAUAACAUAGGGAGUCGUCGGAGGAGGUGGAAAAUUGCAAUUGGUGUCGGAAUCGGAAUCGGAAUCGGAAUCGGUGCGCAUACGGAUACGGAUCCGGGUGCUAAGAAUCGGUGCUAGGAGUUAGGAUUAGGAGUUCAAAACUGGAAUAAGCAUAAUUAAAUCCCAGGAGGAAUCAGCGAGAGAUAGCAAUGCCCGUUCAAUCCCCCAUCGAGAUCAGCAACCGUGCCAUCGAGCACAUCGACGAUGUGGAUCCGCUGGAGUACCACGGCCACUGGGAGCCGGUGGGCGUGGCCCGGGUCCAGAACACAGGCACCUCCGCGAUGGUCACUUUCAGCAAGCGAAAGCAGCAGCCAUACAUUAUCGGAGGUGCCCUGGACACGGACAUGUACGUGUUCGAGCAGCUGCACUUCCACUGGUCGGACUGCGACGAGUCCGGCUGCGAGCACACACUGGAGGGCAUGAAGUACUCCAUGGAGGCCCACGCGGUCCACUACAACGCCAAGUACAAGGACUUCGCGGAGGCCAAGAACAAGCCCGACGGUCUGGCCGUUGUCGCCUUCUUCAUCCAGGCCUGCGGCGAGAAGGACUGUCCGGAGUUCAAGAAGAUCACCGAGGGCAUCCGCAUCGUUCAGAAGAUCCACACGAGUGCGUCGUUGGAUUCCGAUUGCCUAUCGUGGAUAGGACUGCAGGAGCUGAGCAAACAUUAUUACACGUACAAGGGCUCUCUAACAACGGCGCCGUACUUUGAAAGUGUCACCUGGAUCAUAUACCGCACCCCCAUAUACGUGUCGCGCGGCCAGGUUCAGGUGUUUCGCAAUUUGCAAUCGUGUCCCAAAGAUGAGUCCAAAAAGAUAGUCAACAAUUAUCGCGAGAUCCAGCGUCCGCACAAGGACCCAGAGAUCUUCUUCGCCCGCAACACCAAUCCAAAGUCCAAGUUAUGAUCUGCUUGCCAUAUUGCAUAUGGCUGGGGUCCUAUCUUCAAACUCUAAACUCAGCGCCGCUCCUUUCCUUCGUAUCCUUUCCUUUUCCAUCCUACCGCCCACAAAAUUUCCUCCGCCCAAUUCUCUGUGAAAUGUGAAUCCUAACUAAACUAUUUCUAUAUGUAAACUUAUAUCUGUCUAUGGUUGUCUGUAAGUUGCUUUUGUUAUUUGCCUCAUGUACAUAGCGUUAUAUAUAACUAACAAACAUAUACAUAUAUACGGAGUAAUUACCAUAUGGUUACGUGUAUGGAAUCAUUUUAGUCGGACGGAACACGCGGUUGCCUUGCAUUGAAUAUUUCAGAGAAAUAUCGGGCACAACUACUUAAGACAUCUACAAGAGACGUAGUUCUAACGUUUAAGUUAAUUAGUUACACAGUUAAAGCGAGAAAACGAGAGAAGCGAGAAAAGCAAACCAACACAUUUUGUAUGUCCCAACUGAAUUUAUUAAAUAUCUAAUUAAACAUGUAUAAAAGUAAA